AUGGUUCGUUUCGCACAAUCAGAUGAGAUGACCAGACGGCCGAAGAGGGUAGCAAUACCUCCUACACCGCCUAAUGAGCUUGAAGAUAACAAUCACAUCUAUCAAACCAUCGAAAUGGUUCCUAAAGAAGAGAGUUUUGCCCAGGACAUAAAACAAGAAAUUGAACCAUCAACAUCAUCGCCGACAGUUUCGAAAACAUCGAUAGUGGAUGCCAUCGAUGCAGAGACAGAUGAACUGAUCAAAUUUCUGGAUGCCUUCUCCGCUGCCUCGAUGGCUCCCAUACAAACACCGCAUGGCCGAGAUGGCUGGGAUGGUUUUGCGACCACUGAACCUGUCAUCUCAGUCAUAUCGUCCUACUUGGCUUCGAAGAAUGCGAAGAGCGUGACAAUAGGCUCACCAACCUUUCCAUCUCUCGUCAGCGUUUUCGAUGAAGGCGAAGGUCCCUGCCUGGUGUUGAAUGGAAUCAUAUCUCCACGCAUCUCAUCCCCGUCACAUCCUUACUCUUUCAACAAGCAUAUACGACCAGUCACACAUCCGCCUCCGGUGCCUGCGGAUGCAGCAGGAACAGCAGCGAUCGUGGCGGCCUUCGCUUUCCUCCACUCUAUCCGACAUCGACUCAUCGGCACAGUCGUCUUGGAAGCGAUUUCUGAUACCGAGGAAGGCACACUAGGCACAUGCCGACAUAUGCUACACUCCGACGAGCGAAAGACAUUAUGGCGAGGCGAUUGUAUGAUCACUGCCGCUUCAACCUCAGCUGCUUCUACAUCUAUUCCUCCAUCACCGUUUUCCGCACCCUUCCAAGACACAACCGCCACAAAAACCACCGACCCGGCCACUUUUGAUCUCGAAACCGCAAGGUGGCAACGGACGGUACCGGCGGAGAAUUACACACCCUCACGACUAUCAACGCCUUGUGCAAUCCACCCCGUCGCCACUUCCUUCUCAAACAAUGGCAAGAAAGUACUCGGCAGACGACCCAGUAUCCCUCAUUUCCACGGACGACGGAAUGGCUCUCACGCACGCUUCUGGACCGAAGUCGGUGUACCUGCAUUCUGUUUCGGCGUCGGUGGUUCUUCACAGCCAACUCAAGAUCAACAAUCGUCGGAACAGCACUCCGAACAGCAAGAUCAAGACGCCGAAUGCGAUCGCAUGGUAGAUUCUGGCAUCCAAGACGUCGCGGUCAAGGCAGAGGGAGAGAUCAGUCAGGAUGCGAGGGAUAUUGAUCGCAAGCAGUGGAUUCAACUUGUCAAGGUUUUGGUGCUGACGGCUUGGGAUCAGGUGGGCUUGGAAGAUUGA